AUGGUGAAAAAAUACUAUUGCGACUACUGUGAUCGAUCUUUCCCAGACAACGCUGGUGCCCGAAAAAAGCAUUUGGAUGGCGCUCAACAUCAACUUGCCGUGAAAUUACACUAUGACCUAUUUCGAAACCCCGUGGAGUUACUGCUGGAGAAUGCGAAACGGCCAGCAUGUCGAAAAUUUCAAGAUACCGGUUAUUGUCAGUUUGGUUUAAGUUGUCGGUAUUCGCAUGUUAUUAGUGGAAUUGAUUUCUCGCAAGUUGAUCCUACAAUUUAUCUAUCUCAGAAUUUACAUUUACUGAAUGAACAACAAAAGACGUUAUUCUUGAGGUUUGUGGGAGGAACAGGAGGGGGAGGCUCAAGUCAGAAUUCUCAAGUACAAUAUAGUCAAACGCAACGUCAGCAACAGCCAUUCGCUGUGCGUAAUCAACAAUCUCAACUUCCAAUUACCCGAUACAAACUUCCACCUGGAUUGCCAAAAGAUUUGCCUCCUUCUUUGAGAUUGCCCCCACUUUUGGGUUAUGAUUUUUCACGCGCCGCUCAAUGGGGUUGA